GGAAUUUUUAAGUCUCUGGCAAUACUGUGUGUUAGUGUCAUAAAAAAUCAAUCUAGUUGCAGUGGUAGAAAUUUAGUUCGUUUAUUUAUUUUUCAAGUUUUUUCAAUAAACAAAGUUUUUUGAAAAGAUGCAACAAGAGAACGCCAACGGCCCCCAAAAUGACUUAAAUGUGGGGGCUGGGGAUCAAGUCGAUUGUGACAAAUCGAAACUCAUCGUUAAUUACAUCCCCCAGUUUGCGACUGAAGAGGAUUUAGCCCUGAUUUUCACCCCCAUUGGUAGAGUGGAAAGUAUUAAAAUAAUGAGGGAUUACAAUACGGGAUACAGUUUCGGAUUUGGUUUUGUCAAGUAUUUCAACGAGGAAGAUGCAGCGAAAGCGAUACAAGUCGUCAACGGAAUGAAUUACAAAAACAAACGCUUGAAAGUGUCUUAUUCGCGCCCCCCAGGUGCUGACAUGAAAGCGUCCAAUUUGUACAUUACGAAUUUACCGAAAGAUGUGACCGAGGACGAUGUUCACCGACUUUUCUCAAGCUAUGGGGAGAUUAUCCAAAAAUCGGUGUUGAAGGAUAAGAUUACUGGGAUGCCACGUGGGGUAGCAUUCGUCCGUUUUUCGCGUGGGGAAGAGGCCAAAGCAGCAAUAGCCGACCUUGAUGGUAAACUUCUCGAAAAUGCGAUGCUUCCGUUGAGUGUGCGUGUGGCUGAAGAUCACGGCCGUCAAAAAGCUCAAUAUUUGGAAAAUUGGAGUUUUUCAAUGCAAAACAGGGGUUUUGUGCCGCUUAGGGGGACGAUGAAUCCCUUUAGGAAAAUGCCACCACCGCCUGAUAAUUUACAAAAUCGUAAUCGCUUCCAAAAUGUGAGAAAUUUGGGAGCUGGCGAUAAUUAUCUACAAAAUUCGUUUUUUUGUUAAUUGUUUGUCUUUGUUUCCGACUGAGUGGUUUUUGCGUUAAUUGAAGAGUUAUUUUUAUUUUACAAAGUUUCUAUAUUUAUUUUUAUAACGAUAGAAAAGUGAGUAUCACUAAUAGAAAUUUAUUUAUUUAUUAUUAUAGUGUCUAUUUAUAUAUAGUAGCAAUUGAUGUGCCUAAGAAAAAACUUAACACCAGAUAUAAUUUUUUUUGGUAAACAAAUUGUGUUAAUUUUUUUCUUGACUAAUGAUCUGAUU